AUGACGCCGUCCGACGCAGUCGACGCCAAGUACACACUCGGGAUCUGCGUCAUGGAGCGCAAGGCGCGCUCCGAUCCGAUGCUCGAGAUCCUCAGCCGCCUGCCGCCCGCGCUCUUUCGCGUCGACUUCUUUGGCGACGACACCAUUUUGAACCAACCGGUGGCCGCGUGGCCGCGUUGCGACGCGCUCAUUGCGUUCUUCUCCAAAGGAUUUCCCCUCGAGAAGGCUCAGGCGUACGUGGCCCUCCGUCGCCCGGUCGUCGUGAACGACUUGAACCCGCAGUACCUCUUGAGGGACCGGCGGGAGGUCUACCGCGUGCUCUUGGAGCACGACGUACCCACUCCGCGUCACGUGUUCUUGAACCGAGAUGGGUAUGGAGGGCAGAGUGAGCCCCCAGAGGUCGUCGAAGGAGACGACUUUAUCGAAGUGAACGGUGUCCGAAUCAACAAACCGUUUGUAGAGAAGCCCGUGGACGGCGAAGACCACCACAUUCACAUCUAUUACCCCAUGAGUGCCGGCGGGGGCUGUAAGCGGCUGUUUCGGAAAAUCGGGAACCGAUCGAGCGAGUACGAUCCACAUGUCAAUACCGUGCGAGCAGGUGGAGGGUCGUACAUCUACGAGGAAUUCCUCUCCACUCAAGGAACGGACGUCAAAGUCUAUACCGUCGGACCUCAUUAUGCUCAUGCAGAAGCUCGGAAAUCGCCUGUACUGGAUGGACGAGUCGUGAGGGACGUGGACGGGAAAGAAGUGAGGUAUCCAGUCAUGCUGUCUACGGAGGAGAAGCAGAUUGCCUAUCGAGUGUGCCGAGCUUUCAGACAGACGAUCUGUGGCUUUGAUAUCCUGCGCGUGCGUGACGCGUCGUACGUCUGCGACGUGAACGGCUGGAGCUUUGUCAAGAACUCGGAAAAGUACUAUGACGAUUGCGGGAUCUUGUUGACGCAGUACCUUGCCCAGGCGCUAGCUGGUGCAACGGCUGGCGAGGAUUUCGGCACGGACAGUUCUGCGUUUGGUUCCGUCACUUUUCGCUUUGCCCCCAAUGCUCCUCCGCCGAGUGCAGAGCUGUCGGAGCCACCAACGGCACAUAGACAUGCAAUGCUUCGUGGACCAUCGACUUCUAUUGCUGAUUCAGAGCUGUCGGAAGCUGAUAGCAUCACGGAUGGAGACGAAGAUACAUUGUACCAAGAGGAAGAGUUGCGCUGUGUGCUGGCUGUCAUUCGUCACGGCGAUCGUACGCCGAAGCAGAAAAUGAAAAUGAACGUCUGCCAUCCAGCCUUCCUCCAGUUUUACGAGGACUGUCUGCGUGGAUCUCAGCAGGAAAACAACGAUGAAAGCGAUACGAAGAAGAAAAAGAAGAUGGAUCUCAAGAUCAAAGCCGUGGCGAAUCUCGAGCGUCUACUUCAGGUGAGCAAAGAUCUGCUGCACAAGUACGAAACGCACGAUCCGGCAUUCAUGGAUUUCUUAGAGCAACGCGAGGUCACAUUUGGCGAAGACGCCACGGACCGUGUCAAGGGGUAUCGAACGCUGCGAGACGUGCUGCAGCGCUGGCAACUUGUCGGUAUCAAUCGCAAGGUGCAGCUGAAACCAAAAAGUUUUGUCGACGUGCCUGUCGAAAGUAUAGCCGAAAACGGAGAACAGCAAACGAUACACCGUGUUAGCAAAUUGCUGCUGAUUAUCAAGUGGGGAGGAGAUCUGACUCACACUGGUGAAGAACAGGCAGAACAUCUUGGUCAGAAGUUUCGGCGGAUGAUGUACCCGGGCGGUGCUGGGGGCCUGAACCGUCUGCAUUCCACUUACCGGCAUGACCUCAAGAUUUACACGAGCGAUGAAGGGCGUGUGCAGAAGACCGCAGCUUCGUUUGCAAAGGGACUGCUGGAGCUUGAGGGAGACAUUAUUCCGAUCUUGGUCGGACUUGUGUUGAAGUCCAAGGAUGCAGACUCGAUGCUGGACCAGUCGGGAUCUUCCGCACAAGAGAUCAUCAUGCGAGUGAAGCAGCGUUUGCACAAUAUCAUUCACCGCGAAGACCAUUGCAGCCAGCUGAUCGACUCGAACUCGCGCCUCAUUCGCUCUGUGGCGCUAGCACUUGCGAAAGUCGAUCAGCCUAUAAAAAAGAUGGGCAUCAUGCACAAAUUGCUGCACUUGCUGAAGGAGCAACUCACGCGCAUGAUUCAAGAGAAGGCGCAGUAUCGCACAGAGAUACAUCUGGAUCAGACGACGAGAUCUACUGCUGGCCGACUGCCUACUCCUAUGAUCGGUCGAUCUGCCAGCGUCAAUGAGUUGAGCCAACCGAAGUGCCACCAUGUGCACUCGUACGCCCCUCAGAAGAAACACAGUGAAGGCAGGAACAUCACAAGUGAUGCUGCGAACAGCAGUGUCGGGUUGCGCAGAAUGCGGCCACCGCAAGAGUCGUUGCCACUAGAGGAUAUCAAGUACCCUGAGCCUUGCGGACGCGAAACUCUGGAGGUGAUGCGCGAGCGAUGGGCAAAGCUGUACCGCGAUUUCUACGUGAAAAAGCGCGAUACGUACGACCUGUCCAAGAUACCGGACAUCCAUGAUUGCAUCCGGUAUGACGCAGUUCAUAACGCACACCUCAACUUGACGGACGUACGGGAGCUUUUGGAGAUCUCAAGCGCGUUGUCGCACGCUCUCGUGCCGCAAGAGUACGGAAUCAACGUGGAGGAGAAGAUCUUCAUCGGGUCAGCGAUGUGCCGAACUUUGCUGUCGAAGAUCAACACCGACUUGGACUUGGCCCGUGGCUUGCAACCCGAUUUACUGAAGGACCACAACACUCACCGUCUGAACCCGUCGUACGCGAAGAAAGUCAAGUCGGCACACCGUUCCGUGCGCACGCGUUUGUACUUCACAAGUGAAUCGCACCUGCACUCGCUAUUGAACGUUCUGCGAUUUGGUCGGGACGAAUGUGAGAUCAAGAGCCCGAUCGGUGAAGAAUCGCGGAAGUGGAUCGAAGACAUUCCUGAGCUCUGCUACAUGACCCAUUUCGUCGUGCGGGUCUUCGAGCGCAUUCAGUACUCGCUAGAAGAGCCUCAGCGCUUCCGCGUCGAGAUUUCCGUGUCUCCUGGUGCCGAUCAAGACCCGCUUGUUUCUGAUCCGGAUAAGCAGGUCAUGGUUGCGCCACUGAAGAUCAUCUCGCGCGAAGGCCUGACUUGCCAAGAGCUGGUCGACUAUAUCACCGACUGUAUCGGCUACGCCGAAGAAAACGAAGUCAAGGAGAUGAUCAGUCAAACUGUGGCGAGCAAGUGCCAUGGCAGCUCCGACCACACGGCGGGGGAUAGCAGCAGUGGGGAUGUUACACCGGUGAAGCGUUCGGUCUACUCGCUUAGCAACGACAGCAGUGACAGCAAUGAUAAUUGA